AUGGCAAAGAACACUAAGGAAUCUUUUGAGUUUAACCGAACCGAACGAUUACGCAGAACGAUAUUCCUCGAAGACUCCUCUGAAGAUGAAUUGUUCGAAUACAAUAACAGGACAAAAACAAGGGACGUUUGGAAUAAACCACCUGCCACUUUAAUAAAGCCAAAAACUAAGGUCAAAGUUGGAGGUCGUGCUGAUUCCUUACCUGUUUCUAUCAAGCCCGUUAAAAUCGUUAAAAAAAGAAAACCCACAGUAACCGAUCGUACGAUGAACGUUAAUGUGACUAACGUAAAAACCAAACAAGUGGAACCGACUCUUAUUAAAAUCGAAAAUAAACAAUUAGUCAAUCAAACGUCAGCAAAACUCAAAAGACACGUAUAA